AUGUUCACCGACAGGUACUAUACCAGCAUCCUUUUAGCAGAAGAAUUGCGAAAUAUGAAUUGUCAUCAUACUGGCACUAUAAAAAUCAACCGAAAAGGCGUACCGACACAAAUAAAGAAACCAAAAUUUUCAGCAAAUAAAACAGUUGCAUACAGAAAAAAUAAUACUACGCUUCUUGCAUGGAAAGAUAAAAGAAUUAUUACGAUACUCACGAAUUAUUAUAACACUCAACUACAAUCUACCCACCGAAUAUUACGCGGUGGAGAUGUUGUAAUAGUGAAUAAACCUAAAAUGGUGUUAGGAUAUACGGCAAAUAUGGGUGGUGUGGAUCGUGCAGAUAAAUACGCUUCGACGUACUUUUUCCUCCGUAAAUCGUUAAAAUGA